GGAUGAUUUUUGGCCUGUGUAGUUCAUCUCUCUCUCUCUCUCUUUUUCGACCUUACGUCCCACUUGUCUCCCCUUCUCUCUCCUCAGGGAUCAAGCUGAAUCUUUUCAUUAACGAUUGCAGGGGUUUCUCAUCUGUUUCCUGAAUCAAGGAUCGGAGGAUUUGAACUAAUCCCCUGAAAACCCUAAUUACCUGCCUCUAUCACCUAUCUAUUUCAGCAACAAACCAAGUCAUGGACGCUGAUUCAUGGGCUGCUCGUCUCUCUUCUGCCUCCAAGCGUUAUCAAGCGACUCUUCAUUCGCGAUCCGAUUUAUUCAUGGGUUUUGAAGAAAUCGAUGAGGAUGAUGUAAGAGAGGAGUUCCCUUGCCCCUUUUGUUCCGACUACUUUGAUAUUGUUGGUUUGUGCUGUCACAUAGACGAUGAUCAUCCAAUAGAGGCAAGAAAUGGGGUUUGUCCAGUUUGUGCAAUGAGGGUGGGAAUUGACAUGGUUGCCCAUAUAACCUUGCAGCAUGGGAAUAUAUUUAAGAUGCAGAGGAAGAGGAAAACACGUAAAGGUGGAUCCUUCUCAACACUUUCUUUGUUAAGGAGAGAACUUCGGGAAGGAAAUCUUCAGUCUCUUCUUGGAGGGUCAUCCUGCAUGGUAACUCCAGACAAUGCAGCGCCAGAUCCGUUGUUGUCAUCCUUUAUUUUGCCUAUGGUCGAUGAUUUUGGUAGCACACAGUCUCAGUCAUCCUCAUCUGGAAAAGUGUCAACUAAGAAAGAUACAAAUGAAAAUGUUUCAGAGAGGCCUGGGCAGUCUACUGCUGCUACUCCGUUAUCAGUGAAAGACCAGGAAGAGAAAUCAAGGCGAUCUAAGUUCGUCCAGGGGAUGUUACUGUCCACCAUAUUCGAUGACAAGUUAUGAAGGACUUGACUUUGACUAUGGCUGCUUUGGGUUUUAUUACUUGGACUCGGAAUUUGCAGCCUGAGCGGGGGACACUUGUCUCUGUUGUGUGAGUGAGCAUGUCAAAUUAUGAGUUGGAAAUAAGAUUCAGCAAUAACUGUAAGUGUAAUGUUUUCUUUGUGGUUUUUAGUAUUUAGGGAACAACCAAAACAAACCAUGUAGCUCUUGUUCUUCUAUUGUUAUAUAUAAAUUUUAUCUUUCAGUUUC